UGCCGUUAAGUGAACUCCUUCGAAUUGGAAUAAUUGGUCAAUAUUCAUAUUAGAAGUUGGAAACCCAGUUAAUCGCGCUGAAAUGGGAAGUGCAGUAAAUGAAUUGAGUGAUUUUAGCAAUACAGAAUUGGUGAAAUGCGGGGAAAUAGUUACGUCUUCAAAGCUAAAUAAUUUUUUGUUCAGAUGCGCUCAGUGCAACGAAAUGUUUUCUCAAAUGGCUAUUUUUACACGGCAUCUUCAAUGGGAACAUCAAGGGAACGUAUUACCCAACAGUUUACAAAAGCUACAAGUAAUAAGCACUUACACCAUGGAGGAGCUGCUGAGUAAUGAAAAUAGCGCUAUGGACACCGGCAAUAAUGAGUUAAGUCUGGAAGAUAACGGGUUGAUUACGGAUGAGGAUGAUGAUACAGGAAUAGAUAGUGAUGUGGAAUUAGAAAACGAGAUAAAAGAACUACUGACUAGUAUUGCUACUACUACCUCGUUAAACGGAUAUGAAACGGAAUAUUCUGAAAAUGAUUCUGGCGUUGAAAGCAGAAAUAAUACAAAUGAAAAUCCAAAUGAACUUUAUCUGAGAGUUACAAACAAUACCAAAAAGAAUCAGGUAGCCAGUGUUGAUGUAGAGUUAGAGAAAACUUGGAAGAAUCUACAAGAUAAUAUAAACACCAAACAAUCCGAAACUGGAAUAAGAAGUGAUGAAACGGAAAAUAAAUCUGAAUUUGAUAUCAUCAAAGAUAACAGCAAUGAAAAUCAUAAUUCAUGUCUUGGAUAUGACAAAAAUGCAUGUGACUCAACGAAUGACUGUAAACACGUAAACUAUGGUAAAUUAAAAAUUAAGAAAACUAAAGUAGCAGAUGAUAAUCAAAGCAGUGACUGUAAGCAACGUCAUAAUUUGAAAAUUUUUGUUAAAAAUCAAACGAAAAGUAAUCUGAAAAUAGAAGAAAAAGCCACUUUGAAGAGUCACCUUAAAAUAAAAGACAGUUGCAUAAAUAAACAAUUUGUAUUCAAAUGCGAGGAUAUAAAGAGCAACCAUUAUGGCACUGCGCUGAACGCGGAUAUAGAAACUGUUAAACUGGCAUUGAAGUUGAAUGAUUUAAACGACUUAGAAUGUACUCGAGACCAUUCUUCAGGAGAACCACACGACCAGCGGGAUAUUUUACCAGGUAGAGAUAUUAGAAAUUGCCCAAUUGGGGUUAGUGACGUAGCGAUGUAUGAUGCAGAAACUUACACAACACUUGAUCAAUGUGAGCCUUACGUAAUAGCAGAGGUCGACGUUGAGUUGGCAGAAAUAAAAUUUUCCGAAGAAGAAAUCAGUCAGAUGAAAAAGGUUAUGCCCGAAAUGACGCUGGCCACUCUUAAAGAAAGUGAAUGCGAGUUAGGAACUCCAACAACACAAUAUUUGAGUAGUUAUCAAAAGGAGUAUCUUGACUUUAAUGCGUCUGAAAUGAAAAGCGUUGCAUCAGGCGAACAUGCUAUUGCACAAGCAGGCGAAAAUGAGACUCCCCUUGAUCUUAGUUUUGAUAAGUCCUCACAGCUAAGUAAUAUACAAUCGGAGGCAAUUUCAGAACUCUUAAAUAGCGUUGAACGUUCCGACAGCAUUGAUGGCCUUCAGUUACCACCAUUUUCAAAAUUUUUUAAAAACACAGCAAAUACUUUGAAGAAUACUAAUGGGUUUUUAGCGCAGUCAACACCAAAACAAAAACAUGUAAAUCAUAUGCCAGAAAGAGGAAGCCCAUUACGGCCGUGUGGAAGACUAAAUAUGAAUGAAAACUGUACAUCCGUAUCUACACAAAUCAGUUCUGCAAAUGUUACACACUCAAAUGAAAAUAAUGACUUCAAAAAUUCUAUUCAACUCAAACUAAUGAAGCGAUUAUCACUGGCGAAGGAAAAGGAAAAUAAAUCAAAGAAAAGGAAAACUGAAGUUGAUAUUGCCAAAACUGAUACCACAGCAAGCAAUUCCGGCAAAAAAAUGGGAUUAGAAAUAUUGAGCGUUGAUACCAUUGCGCCAGCAGAACAAACUUUGAAUACUGAAAAUAUACUCUGUAACGGUAAUGCAUCAAUUGCCGAAGCCCAAACACAAAUAAAAGAAGUCAAUAAUUUCGAGCCUGUUUUUGUAAGGCAAGAUGUAAACGAUAUAUGUAAAAUGGAUACAUAUAUGAGCAUGCCCCACGCUGCCGCCGAUAGCACAAGCGGACCACCUACGACGUCUAUAAAUGUUAUUGACUAUACGCCAGAAGAUACGCUAAAUCAGUUGAAAUUAGAAGCAAUUGCCGAUGAAAAUAAAUUAUUAGAUUCACUAAUGCAAAAUAGUUUUAAUAUUACGGCUCCAUUGAACGUUGAUAUACAAAAGUCACUGCUGGUCGAGGAAAACAGUUUGUUAGAUGAAAGCAUGCUCUCUAACGGUUUUGACGAAGAAAAGUUAAACUCUCUGCUGCUUCAGUCGAUUGGAUUAAAAAUCAUUACUCAUCCCAACGCGGAAGACGGAUUGAAAUUGGAACACUUGGAAGCAAUGCGUGCAAAGGCAAGUAUGUUUGCAAAAAUAUACGCUGACUUUAAGUACCUCUGGAAAUUUGGUAAAGGAAUUAAAAGCUAUGAAAAAUUGGAACUGGAUUUCAGUAGAUUAAUGCAUCGCUUAAACGAGUACUAUAGACUGGGGCUAUCGAUUACGCAGACGAAGCGCAUUGUUAAUCUGGUUUCUAUGUGGUACAUGGACACCUAUCACAAGUGGUUUAUUGAGAAGAAAUCUACAUUAAAUGUGAUCUAUCAUUUGAAUCUCUUCAGCUUCCUGCCAAAGACUGCACGGCGCAUUAUCUACUGUGAAGAGUGUCCACGAUAUUUUCUUUCCCAACGUAAAUACUUUUCUCAUCGACAAAAACAUAUUCGCAUGCAAUCCUCUUGCCCCUACUGCCAAACAAUCUUUACCGAUCGCACAACACAGCUAAUACAUACCAAAGUGUGCACCAUAUUCAAAUGCGUAGAAUGUGGCUGUAAAUUUGAAAAUGCUGCCAGUUUGGAGUAUCAUCUGCGCAACAAGCAUUUGCUGCAAUGCGAGACAUGCGGCCAAUUGUGCGCUAAUGCGGUAGAUUUAGACUGGCAUGAACAUCAGUAUCCGAUAAUUUGUGGCUUAUGCAACCGAUUCUUCGACUCAGUGGCAGAAUUACAAAAACAUCGCCAAGAUUCGUUUCACUGGGACUACACCUGUCGAAUAUGUGAAAUUUUCGCGCCCACUGCAACUCAAAUGAAACAGCACCUGUCCAUUUGUAAUGGUAGAUAAGUUGCUUAAUUUCUAUAUAAGUAAGACAAUGUAAAAGUGUAUCAACACAUCCAGUAUUUUAGUUGUAAGUAGUAAAUAUGAAUUCAUUUAUUAAUUGUUACCUGCAGUGUUUCUUAAACUAAAUAAAAGCGUGCAAUGAGAAGUGCAUUAUAUGGAAAAGUGAAUAAAACAACAAA